AUGACGGGCCUGAAGAUUUUUGACCUUGUUGUCUGCCUCUUUGUGUUCCUGGCUGGACUCCCUUCCAACCUCCUGGCCUUCUACACGUUCCUGCUGAAAAUGCCCAAGAAGGCAACCCCCAUUGAUAUUCUCUUGCUCAACUUGACUGUUUCCGAUAUUCUCCUUCUCCUUUUUCUACCCUUUAAGAUGAUGGAGGUCACUCCUUCCAAGAACUGGACUAAUCCUCUCCUCUGCCUUCUCACUGACUACUUUAUCUAUGGAAGCACGUACAUUAGUAUCCUUUUCCUCACAACCAUUAGCAUGGACCGCUAUCUAGCUGUUGCACAUCCCAUCAAGUACAAGCUGUAUCGCCGCCCCAUCUAUGCAGUUGUGGUCACCAUCAUCAUCUGGUUGCUGGUCUGCUCCCACUACGGCAUCAUCUACAUUGCCAAAUACCAAAUUCCAUCGAAUACUUCCCAUUGCUAUGACAAUUUCUCCCCUGAUGUCAUUUUCCCUGUCCGGCUGGAGAUCUGUCUCAUCUUCUUCUGCCUCCCUUUCAUCAUAACCAUUUUCUGCUAUGUGAAAGUUAUCCAGAUCCUCAACUCCCUGCCCAACAUUCAAGCCUGCAAGAAGCAACGAGCUGUGGGUUUGGCCGUGGCCACUUUGCUCAGUUUUGUUAUCUGCUUUGGCCCCUUUAACAUCUCCCAUGUUGUGGGCUUCAUUCAAAAACAGAGCCCACCGUGGAGAGUAGAAAGUUUCCUCCUUAGCACCCUCAAUACUGUUGUCGAUCCUGUAAUCUUCUUCUUCUCCUCCAAGGCCAUCCGACAAUCCUUUACUGGCUGUUGGAGAGGCAUGUUCCUCAAACUCCAGACUUUGGUACCCUGGUGCUCCUGGCCCUGCUGCUCCGGUCCUACAGACAAUGAUAAAAAAGCAGGAGCUGGUCGGUACUCUAGUUCAUAUAUCCAUGGUGAAUACCAAGUAGAUGUUGUUCAGACAGAGCUCCAGACAACAAGCGCACUGCACCGAGGAUCAUAA